AUGGAGAAAGCAUCGUCGAGAGUUAUUGAAGUAACUGUGAUUUCUGGUGAAGAUUUGCGGGUUAACCGAAGAAACCCCGUGAAGAAAAAUGCCUUUGUCAUCGUAAGAACCGACCCGUUAAAUGAAAGAUCCACCGGGAUGAAUACAGAAAACGGAUGCAAUCCUACAUGGAACCAGAAGUUGGUGUUGGAUUUACCUAUGCAUGCAACUUUUAUUACCGUGGAAGUUCAUUCAGGUAAUAAAAUCAUUGGGAUAUCAAGAAUUCCCUUGUCAGAUUUCACCGGGGGUUAUUUACCAGCGAACUAUUUGAGUUUUCUGAGUUAUAGGCUGAGGGAUGCCAAAGGUGAGAAGAAUGGGAUUCUUAAUCUGUCGGUGAAGGUGAACGGGCCGACAAAUAUGAGCUACGCCGCCAGUGGCUCGAUGCCGUGGUUUGGUGGCCCGGUGACUAACAAGUUUUCUAACGGGACAGUGACUGGAAUUCCAGUUUAUUACAGAGUUUGA